AUAAUAAAACUAAAAAUAAAAAUCAAAUCUUGCUAUGUUCUUCCAAGAAUCACCCGACCAAAAAACUAUUUACAAAUUUACAAGUCAACAGCAGCAACUCCUACGUUUUCAUUUGACUAAUCUCUAGUCCUCUUCCUCCAGAUUCCCUUUUACUACUUCAACAAUUUUAUACUGUAUUUUUAUCUGUAUUUUUGCUUAGAAUAAUUCUAAAUUAUUGAACAAAGACUCGAGCAAUUCAAUGAGGUUGAGCCACGGCACCUUUUUUGUUUGGUAUUUGUUUUUUGCUUUUUCAGCUAAGAACUGUAGUUAAUCACACCCAAAUACCCUAUAUAUACACCAAAAAAAAUCCGAUUUUGAGCUUUGAAGAAGAACACCUUUUCAAGUUUGUUCGCGAUCCGUUUGUGAAAUUGCGAGGAUGGGCGUUUGUGGGUCGAAGCCGAAAGGGUGUGUGGGGAUGAAGGGGAAGUUGAAUUUGCAGAAGAAGCGCAAGAAGCAGAGAACGGGAAGAGUUAAGAAGGCGCAUUCUGCGAAUAAUCGACAUCGCGUUGAACCCUCAAAUCAGAAGGAUGUUUCCUUCACCAAUCCUGCAUUUCAAGGAAGCAGUGAGGCAUGGUUCGAUCCUGAUGGAUUGAUUGAUUCAGAUGGAGAAGAUGAAUUUUAUAGUGUUCAAGACGAUGUAUCUCAAACUGGAUCCUUAUCAAAUGUGGUUACUCCGAGGUUUUCCAACCAAGUGAUGCAGGGCAACGCCAUUGAUUCGCAGCUGAGCUCCGAUGAUCCUCAAAAUGCGGACGAGAGUGGCAGGAGGAGCGAGGAGGGAGUGAUGCAUAGCUGUGGGUUCAUAUCGAACGCCUUGCUCCCUUGCCUCGCCUGUGAUGAGUCCUUUGACGGGAGGAAGAAAUUAGAUGAGCCCGUGGAAGGGAAGAAGAAAUUGGCAAGUGCGGCAGGCUCGAGCACGAAGAAAAAGAUGUCUUUCACUCAGUCUUUUAAAUGGAGAGAAGGACACGAAAAUGCAGUCUUAUCGCUGGGAAAGCCCGUUAUACAAAGACCAAUAGCCGGCUCACAGAUUAUUUGUUCGCCAUUAGAGAAGAAGAUGUCAGAAUCUUGGUCAAGGAUCGAGCCAAAUACCUUUAGAGUCCGUGGACGAAACUACAUGAGGGACAAAAAGAAAGAACCUGCUGCAAAUUAUGCUGCAUAUGUUCCUUUUGGAGUGGAUGUCUUUUUAUCUCCUCGGAAAAUUGAUCAUGUCGCCCGAUUUGUAGAACUCCCAGCUGUCGACUCACAUGGAGAAAUCCCCACUAUUCUUGUUGUGAACCUUCAGAUUCCGCUUUACCCUGCAACACUUUUCCAAAAUGAAUAUGACGGGGCAGGGAUGAAUUUCGUUAUCUAUUGCAAGCUUUCGGAGAACUAUUCGCAAGAUCUUCCACUUCAUUUUCGGGAAAAUAUCAAGAAAAUAAUUGCCAACGAGACUGAGAAGAUUAAGGGUUUUGCCAUAGACACGAAUGCACCAUUCAGGGAAAGAUUAAAGAUCUUAGGCCGAGUCAUGAACGUUGAUGACCUUCAGUUGAGUUCAGCAGAGAGGAAACUUAUGCAUGCUUACAACGAGAAGCCAGUUCUUUCGCGUCCUCAACACGAGUUUUACUUGGGAGAAAACUACUUAGAGAUCGACUUGGAUAUCCACAGAUUCAGCUACAUUGCACGGAAAGGAUUUGAAACGUUCCAAGACAGACUCAAGCACUGUGUAUUCGACUUUGGUCUGACAGUUCAGGGAAACAAACCAGAAGAUCUACCAGAGUGCAUGUUAUGCUGUCUACGGUUGAAAGAAAUCGACUACUCUAACUACUGCCAACUUAGCUUCUGACGAGGUAACGUGUGCCUCAAUUCCGUGACAUUGAUUGAGCUAUAAGGCGCAAAACCCUAUUCUCGGACGAGUUUUUCUUGUAUUUCCGAUGGCUGAAUCUCAAGAUUUUGGUGUCUGUUCAACUGCUGCAGGUGCCUGAUGUCUAAGUGUACAGAUAUAUAUUGUAAUGUAUUUACAAUAUAGUUUUGUUCAAAUUUUAUGAAGAAUUACACCCUCCUAAUUCUAGGUUUGGGUAUUUAUGUUGUAAUUCUUGUAUUAUCAUUCAUAUUCCUAGGUUGAGCUUUGAUCACAUUGUCUUCUUGUAGUUCCCAUGAAUAAGAAAAAGACAAAGGACCCUUCGGGAUCCUAUAUUUUUUGUCGUUC